AUGGAAGUUACGCCUCAUACCGUUCUGGUUCACGCCCACAAACCAACCAUUGAAUCCUUGUUGGGCAUCAAAUACAUUCUCAAAGGUGACUUCUUUGUGAUUACCAACAUUUCUGAUGAAAGCAUCUUCAAGGAUCAUAGUGAACUCAGAGUAGGCCAUGAAGUGGUUGAAGUCAACGGAACACCCAUUGCUGGACAAACCAAAGACUCUGUUAAGACACUGUUGGCUUCUUUGGGAGAAUCAGUAGUCUUUGCGGUCAAGUCGAGUUGGACUGCUAAGAUUGAAUUGGUAGUUACCGAAGAACCACAUGUCAUUGAAAGCCACAGAACCAGUGAUAAUGGAGAGAAAAAGUCCCAUGCCAAGGCACGGUUGGUAACGAACUAUUCCAGGAACAAGAUUCCCAAGUUUCUAGAAGGAAGAAACGUUCCUAUGGGAAUUUGGCGCCGCAUUUAUGAGGCCCUGGACACCAAGUUGUUCCCAGCGCUUGCUGACUUGUAUAAAAUGGACGAAGCUUGGAAGACAGAAAUGAGUCACUAUGAAAAGGUCCAAGGCCAGAAACAAGCGGAUAUCUUUGCUACCGGCGUCAAGCAUCACAAGCAAAUUUUUCAGAUGGCACACUCUGUUUCCAUUUUGGCCAAUUCUGCCAGCAUGGUUGCCAACAAUAUGAUAAUGUGGCUGAAUGCCUUGCUUCAGCCAUAUGGUCUACUUUGCCAGUUGGAUUUGGAGGCCUAUCAACUACCCAAGUAUUCUGACAAGCUCGCUGGUGAACCCUUCGAAGUCAUGCGCAUCAAGGGGGUUGAAUUUACUCCCAUUGAUAUUAUUGUUGCCGUUGACGAAAUUGAAGUUUCGGUUCACACCGACGAUAGAUCCAUUUUGACCGGCGAUGAGGAGAUUGACACUACUCGGUGGUGUUAA